AUGCCUGGCUAUCAUGUAUCCAUUAAUUGUGAAUCACGAUUGUAUAUGCCUGAGUAUCAUGUAUCCAUUAAUCGUGAAUCACGAUUGUGUAUGUCAGAGUAUCAUGAAUCAUUAAUUGUCAAUCACGAUUGUAGUAUCAUGUAUCCAUUAAUUGUGAAUCACGAUUGUAUAUACCUGAGUAUCAUGUAUCCAUUAAUUGUGAAUCACGAUUGUAUAUGCCUGGAGUAUCAUGCAUCCAUUAAUUGUGAAUCACGAUUGUAUAUUUCAGAGUAUCAUGUAUCCAUUAAUUGUGAAUCACGAUUGUAUAUGCUUUAG